AAUGAAGAGAAUGAGAAAAUCCAAUAUGGCAAAUAUUUGUGUGUUAAUCCAAGUAUCAAAAUAGAAUUUGAAAAUAUUGUUUGCAAUCUUAUGAGUUGCGAGAAACAGUGACAUUUUAUAUUGCAACUUAAACGAAAUCCAUUUUUUUUAAACUAGUUUAAGUGGAAAAGCAGCGUACUAUGAUAAAAAAAAAAUAAUUAAGAUAUUUUCGUCCCUUGUAUUCUUAUCAUGAAUGUGUAAUUGUUUACUAAAAGAAAAAAAAAUUGUCGUCCGUAUUUCUUUCCCCAACAUUCAGUGUUUGUCGAUUGAAUGAAUACAAAUGGAAAUAAUUGAAUAUUGUGAUCACGAGACUCUAUAAAACGCUCCAAUUAAAACCACCAAUACCGUGUACGUGUGUGUGUGUCUGUGGAAUAUCCCAAUUGAAAGCGUAUUACUUAUUAUUGAUUUUAUUUGUGGCAAAAAUUCAUAUCGUCCGAAAUGGCGAGCACAAAUUUAGUUGUGCCAGUUGUACUGUGGGGCCCUUAUGAACCGACCCAUUGUGUAUCGAGCGUAUUUUUGUCGCGAGAUCUCAAAACUCUGGCCACGGGAUGCUAUGACGGCCAAAUAUGUCUAUGGAAAGUGAAUCCCGAUACAUUGAAAAUGACACCGAGAUGUUUGCUAGUAGGACACACGGCUCCGGUGUUGUGUUUGUCACGCGCAUCUAUCGUGCUGGACAAUAAUUUUCUGGUGAGCUCGUCGGAGAAUGGCGAGAUGUGCACUUGGGAUUUGGUCGACGGGAAAUGCAAGGAAAAUGUGAAGCUGCCACAAGUUCACACCAGUAUUCAGGCUUACCAUAUGUCCAAUUGUGACGACAUUCGGCUCUUCUGCAACGGUUACUAUGCCGAAAUCCUUGUUAUGGAUCCAUUCAGUCUGGAAAUCAUCUUCUCAUUGAGCUCAAAAGUUAAACCCGAUUGGAUAUCUGCAUUACAUGUGUUGCGUCCAUCGAAGCGCAAGGAUGAUGUCGUCCUUGCUAUCACAACGACCGGUACGGUGAAAGUGUGGACAUUGCUUGGCAAUGAAAACAAAUAUUCCGAUCCCAUUUACGAGAAUGAAUCGAAACAAAUCCGAUGCUUGAAUGCCAUCAGCUUGAAUUGUUGCACACAAAAUCAACGGACCGUUUUGAUUGUUUGCACCAAAUACUGGCAAAUCUAUGAUGCUGGCGAUUUUACCGUGCUAUGCAGUGUGAUUUCACCGUCGGGCGAACGUUGGCUGGGCGGUGAUUUUCUGGCACAUGAUCGUGUCAUCCUUUGGUCGGACGAGGGCAAAGGGUAUUUGUAUAGAUUGCCCGCAAACUGCAUACCUGACAAUAAAGAGUUUCAUUCGCCAUCACAAGCCAAAGAUCAACCGGUUUUGUACUGUGUUUUACAACAUUCCGUCGAUCGGCCAUUGUCCUGUCCACCUGCUAUGAAAAUCAUAACCACAAGCCGAAAUGGAAAAUCACAACGAUUCAUGUUGAGAGGUGAUUCAGAAGGAUAUGUUACACUGUGGAAUGUUCCCGAUAUCACCAUCGAGGAAGUCAAACAAAUUCAGGAUCGAAACACCAUAAAAACUUUGACACCAACGAUUUGUACGAGCCUAAGCGAUGCGUGGAGCUUGAUGAAACCACCGCCAGUUGGAAUACUUGAUCAAUUGAAUUCGCCGAGUGAGCCGUCAAUCAAGUUGACUGCGAGCAUUUAUUUGCCGCAACAAAGCCGUUUGGUUGUUGGUCGCCAGGAUGGUUCGAUCAUCAUUGUUCCAGCAACGCAAACCGUUAUGUUGCAAUUGCUGCAUGUGAAUCAAAUCAACUAUGCCGAUUGGCCAUCGCAUCAAAUCUUAUCAGCACAUCGAGGUCGGGUUAACUGUCUAUUGUGCCCAUCUCUGGCUCAUCCACGAUAUGAUAAAUCGCAUUUGUUGUCUGGCGGUGUGGAUUUCGCUGUAUGCCUCUGGGAUUUGUACAGUGGCACAUUGUUGCACCGUUUUUGUGUUCAUGCUGGUGAAAUCACCCAAUUGCUUGUUCCACCAAAUUCAUGUAGUCCUCGCGUUCAAAAGAGUAUCUGUUCAGUUGCUUCCGAUCAUUCGGUCACUUUGUUGAGUUUGACCGAACGCAAAUGUAUAUGCUUGGCUAGCCGGCAUCUGUUCCCAGUGGUCAGCAUAAAAUGGCGUCCGUUGGAUGACUUCCUAAUCGUUGGCUGUUCGGAUGGAACGGUGUAUGUGUGGCAAAUGGAAACGGGACACCUAGAUCGUGUGUUGCACGGUAUGCUUGCCGAAGAGGUGUUGUCAGCAUGUGAUGAAAAUGCCACCGACGCAUCACCGCACGGUUCAACAUCAGAAAUGGGCCUGGCCAAUCCAGCCGUUCACUUCUUCCGCGGGCUUCGACAUCGCAAUUUGAAUGCCAUUCGACAUGCAACACAAAGAGGCAUCAAUCAAUUGCAACAGCUCCACGCUCAUAAUAAUUCCGAGAAUAUUUUCCUCAUGAAGAAUCGCAGCAGCCCACUCACAAUUCAGGGCUUGCGCACAAAUCCAAAAGAUGCGGAAAGCCAUAUCUUAUUCUUCGAUAUCGAGGGUUUGAUUUUCGAAUUGCACAGCGAGGAGUAUGCUGCGAUGAGUCCAACCACUUUGGAGGCACAGGGAUUGAUCACAUCCACCGCUGGACCGUCCCAGCACAAUGAUGCAAGCAAAAAGAUAUCCGAUUUCUUUGGACGAGUUAAAAACAAAGCCGGUGACAUGGAAAAAAUUCUCAAAGAGAAAGACAAACAUGGUAUUUUGCAAAAAAUGAAGGAAGGCGCCGAAAAAGUUGAACUCAAAAUUCAAGCCAAAGUUGAAAGUUUGAAGCACGCCAAUGAAGGUGACAAAGAUGGUGCCGAUGCAUUCAAGAGGCUAUCACCACGAAUGGAAGCAACCCAUGUUAUGGAAGUUGCACAGUUAUUGUUGUCGUUGAUUCAUUCGUGGGGCAUCGAUUUGCAUUUGGAUAAAGUAUGCGAAACACAAUUGGGAUUGCUGCGACCACAGAUCCCAGUGUCUUUCGGGGUGUUAUCAAAAGGUGGCUAUAUGUCAUUGCUGUUGCCGACUUGGCAAAACGAUUUGGUCGUUGACAAAACAAAGAUUCCAGAUGAUAUUCAGAUCCAGAAAGAACUCACACCGGAGCUCAUUCGUCAAGAGAAUUUAACGCGAAUAUUUACGGCACGAUUACAUUGGGAAUUGAGCACAACGAUAACGUCAAACCAUUUAUUGGCCAUGGUCGCUAUGUCAAACACAUUGAUGUCAAUGCAAUUGGCCACAUUCAUACCAGAGCAUGAACGUAAUAAGAAAUUGCAUCGUCAUUCGAAUCGCCCUGGUGCCGCUGCCUGGUCAAAUGAAGAGCACGAAGAACUGUUCACACAGCAACAGGCGCAAAUCAAACAAGGAUGGAGCCUGCUCUCUACACACCAUUGCUUCUUACUACCCGAUAAAAUCGAUCAAAUUGAACCGCACAACUUCAAGCGUCCUCAGGUGGAGAUGAUGGCUAGACGUUGGCAACAUCAUUGCAUUGAAAUACGUGAAGCGGCCCAACAGAUUUUGCUCGGUGAAUUGGGACGCAUGGGAAAGAAAGGUCGUAAGCAAUUGGUGGAAAGUUGGGCACAAUUCUUGCCUCUAUACACGCACACCGAACCUAUCGUUCAACAAUUACCGCAGAGUACAUCACAACAAAGCAUCUCCGGUGCACCAGCCACCCAAGUUCAGGAACCAAAUCCUGAUGAUUUUGAGGAAGAAGAGGAGGAGAUCGUACGAAAACCAUCAAGCUUGGCCGAACUGAAACGUAAGCAAACAACAGCUGUCGUUCUGCUGGGUGUUAUUGGAGCUGAAUUCGGCCAAGAUAUUUCUACUGAUUCUAAUAACAGCACGAAACGUCAUUCUGACCAAAGACGCAAGAGUUCGGUGGUAGAAGGUUUUGGCAUCGGUAACAAUAAUCUCGCUCGUCUCACCUCGAUGGCAUUGACACAUUUAUUGCUCGCACCACCGACCGUCAAAUUACCGGCACAUACAGCACUACGUCGUGCUGCGAUCGAUUUGAUCGGACGUGGUUUCACUGUAUGGGAACCGUAUUUGGAUGUAAGCAAAGUGCUGCUUGGUUUGCUUGAAACAUGUUGCGAUUCCAGCCGCUUGGUUCCAAGUCUAAACUAUAAACUACCGUUAACACCUCAAGCCGAUGCUUGCCGAACCGCACGACAUGCACUUCGUUUGAUCGCAACCGCCCGACCGGCUGCAUUCAUUACGACAAUGGCCCGUGAGGUGGCCCGUUACAAUACACUGCAGCAAAAUGCUCAAACAAUAAGCGUUCCAUUGACUCAAUCGGUGUUGUAUCGCGCCAAAAAGGAGAUAUUGCAGUGUGUCGAGAUGCUGAUCGAUAAAAUGCAAACGGAAAUGGCCACCUUGCUGGUCGAAGUGAUGGACAUUACACUGCAUUGUGUCGAUGCAAGCGAUUUGAAAACCAAAGGCCUCAACGAAGUUUGCCCAUCCAUUUGUAAAUUCAAUCAAAUUUCUCAUUGUUCAGCUACACGACGCAUUUCAGUUGGUGCAAGCAAUGGAAAUUUGGCAAUCUAUGAACUGCGACAGAAUAAAUGUCAAAUGAUCCCAGCUCAUUCGAAUUCGAUAACAGCGUUGGCAUUCAGUCCAGACGGUAAAUUCUUAGUUAGUUACUCGUGUGGCGAGAAUCGGCUAUCGUUCUGGCAAACCAGCACAGGUAUGUUUGGUUUGGGUCAAUCGCAGACACGUUGCAUCAAAGGCUAUUCAACGGCACCAAUACCGGAUGUGACACGCUUGAAUCCGAUGCGUUUGGCCAAAUUGAUUUGGAUCAACAAUCGAACUGUGACUCUGAUGCUUGCCGACGGUUCCGAGACCCGUUUCAAUGUCUAAUUUUCAUCUCUAUUAUAUAACUACUAUAGCUGUGUUGAUGUUAGACUUUGCAUAAUGUUGAUGACAAUGUAAACACACACAAAAACAACUACCACGUUUAUUCGAGUUUUGAGCAGUUGAAGGAAAUGUUGCCCAGUUUUUUUUUUGUUCCGGUUUCUAUGCGCACUUAUUUAUUUCAACUGUUUUUUUGCUUGAUAAUUUCCUAUCAAUCACACCGUCGUUUUAAUUAUCAAUGCAAAAGCGUAUACCAAUCAAUCAAGUCAUUUAUUUGUUUAUUCUCUUUGGAAAUUCCAUUUUUAUUGCUCGUUUUACCAACACUUUCCUUUUGUGAAGGCAAAACGGUAUUUUUUUUUCUUGUUCUGGCUUAUUUUUUAUUCAUUGUUACAUAUACUACUGUGUCCAAAAAGUAAGGUGACAUUGCAUUUAUUUUGAAAAUUCUUUAUUUAUUCUUCCAAAUCAAUUUCAUCGCCUUCAAAGUAAUCCCCUCCCGAUACAA